AUGGCUGGAGCGGGCGAGAGCAGCAUGCUGAUGCCCACCGGUGACGCCGCAAAGACCCCCGUCACAAUCCUUACCGGGUUUCUCGGCGCCGGCAAGACGACGCUGCUGAAUUAUAUCCUCAAAAACCGCGGAAGCCGGAACAUCAGCGUGAUCGAAAACGAGUUUGGCGAGGUCAACAUCGACAGCCGCCUGGUUGCGGACAACCUCCUGGAAACAGAGGACCUCGUUUCCCUGGACAACGGCUGCGUCUGCUGCUCCCUUAGAAAGGACGUCGUGAAGGCUCUGGCAGAGAUCGAGCGGCGCAGCAGGCAGCGAGAGAAGCGGGUCGACCAGGUGAUCCUUGAGACCACCGGCCUCGCCGACCCCGCCCCCGUGGCGUUCACCUUCUUCGCAAACCCCUGGAUCGCCAGCCGCUACAGGAUCGAUUCAAUUGUCUGCGUCUGCGACACGCAGUACGCCCUGCAGCACCUCGACCCCGCCUCCGCCCGCGACGCGCCCGGCAUCGCCAACGAGGCAGCGCAGCAGCUGGCGUUCGCCGACGUCAUCCUGCUCAACAAGAUCGACCUGGUCAACGAGGCGCAGCUGGAGCGCGUGCGGCGCAUCGUGCGGGACAUCAACCAGAGCGCGCGGCAGAUCGAGUGCCGACUCAACCAGGAGGGCGGGCGGCCGCAGCUGUCUGAUCUCCUCGAUACCAACGCCUUCAGUGUGCACAAAGCCCUCAAGGUCGACCCUUACUUCCUCGAAAUCGACAACGGCGCCGAAGACCCCCCUGCCGACGGCGGCGCGGGCGGCGGCGGCUGCGAGCAGGCGGAUCCAAGCCGCAAGGAGGGCGGGGCCGGGGCCGAGGCGGGGGCCGAGGGCGGCGCGCAGUCAACUCUGGCGGAGGCUGAGCGGCGCGGCGCGAUGGCGGCGGCCGUGGCGGCGCAGCAGCAGCAGCACAAGCAGGACCAGCAGCGGCGGAAGCUGCGGCAGCAGCAGCAGCGCGCGGCGUCGCAAGAAGAGCAGGAGUGUUCCUCCGCCGCGACGUUCACGCAGCUGCCCUCGGCGCACGCCGCGGCCAUCGCCGGCGCCGACGACGGCGCGCCCGCGGAAGUGGCGACGCCGGCGGCGGCGGCGGGCCACGAGCAGCAGCAGCAGCAGCGGUGCAAGCGGGCUGCGCAGGGGGACGCAUCGGCCGCGGGGGAUGCCGCGGCGCCCACAGGGCAAGAGGUGGAUCGGGCGUCGAAGAGGCGGCGCAAGCACCUGCACGACCUGGCUGACAUUGGGAGCGUCGGCAUCGUGGCGCAUGGGGCGCUGGACGAGUACCGCUUCAACAUGUUCAUGCGGGACCUGCUGACCGAGAAGGGCAAGGACAUUUACCGCUGCAAGGGGGUCCUCGCGGUGCACGGCUAUGGCACCCAGAGGUUCGUGUUCCAGGGAGUCCACGAGACGAUCUGCUACGGCCCAGGGGAGCGGCCCUGGGCGGAGGAUGAGCCCCGGGUCAACCACAUCGUCUUCAUCGGGCGCGGCCUGGACCGCAAGGCGCUCAUGAUGGGGUUCAGGUGCGCGGAGAUCUGA